CGCAGUUUAAUCGACGGAGAGCUAUGAAGAUAGACGGAUAGCUAUGCGUUUAAAUCUUCUGUCAUUACUGAGGUUUACAUUUAUGUAACAAAGUCUGAGGUGUUAAAAGAACCAUGGCGUUCGGGGGCAGGGGUGAUGCGGUCCGGAUGCGGCAGCCUCAGUUUAGCGCCAUGAGACAACCGCCUUUGAUUAGGCAGCUGAGGGGGAUCCUUGCUGAGUACCCGGAUGGAGGACAGAUUCUGAAGGAGUUGAUACAAAACGCAGAGGACGCUGGUGCGCGAGAUGUGAGCAUUCUUCUGGAUGCGGGGCGCACCAACAGGGAUGCUGGGGACAAGGCGCCGGUUUACACCAAAUUCUUCCAGGCUCCCGCACUUUGCGUGUAUAACGAUGCAGUAUUCACGGAACAGGACUGGGAGGGCAUUACGAUGAUAUACAGCAGCAUAAAAGAGGAGGACAAAUCUAAAGUCGGUAGAUUCGGGCUCGGAUUCAAGUCUGUGUUUCACAUUACAGACUACCCUUGUAUCAUCAGCGGAGACAAAAUGUUGUUGAUUGAUCCGCAACAACCGACUGACAGAGUGAAUGCCUUCUUUGAAAUACCUUUGAUGCACGAUCCCUGGGAGGGACUUGACAUGAACGAUUUUUACAAUGGCCUUGGUGGAUAUUUUGGCGUAGAUCAGCGUAUGAUUAGUGAUGGACAUUUCAACGGAACGUUGUUCUGGUUUCCUUUAAGGGAAAGAGCGUCCCCUUUGUCUGACACAUUGUACGACGAACGCAAGAUUCUUGAUCUUUUGGAUGGCUUGAAGUCUGAGGCACCUAGCAUCCUCAUUUUCUUAAGAAACCUGGAAUCGCUGACAGUUUUUACAGCGAAAGAAUGUUAUCAACGUACAUCAACAUUCGGUACGCAUGAACACAACAGAAAACGGCCUAGUUUUCAUGUACGCAUCAAAGAUGCUGAGCACCAGGUUCGACAUGCAAGGGAAGAGUUUAUUGCCAAAAUGGACACAAACAGUAGUGAUGUCACAAGUAUGACAGAUUACUGCAUAGAAGUUACAACAGAUGGACAGGUUACAGAUUACUAUUGGGCUGUGUUAAACUACUUUGUUGGCACUUCUGCCUCUGGACAAUUUCUAACACUAAUCAAUGACAAAGACAUAAGCAUGAGUCCUUGUGUUUCCAUUGCUGUUUCUUUAGAUCAGUCUCGUCAACAGUUUGAGGGACAUAUAUAUUGCUUCAUGCCUUUACCGAAAGAAGGAUCAAAGCUUACCGGUUUACCUUUCAUGUGAACGGA